UUCCCUUAAUUUAACGUGUGCUUCAGUUGUGUUUCUUCUUGUGGGUUUGCAGUCUCAUAGGUUGUCUCCAUGGCAGCGAUCUAUUCGGGGAUCCACCUGAAACUGAAGAGUGCUAAGACUUCCUGGGAAGACAAACUCAAACUAGCUCGUUUCGCCUGGAUUUCUCACCAGUGCUUUCUUCCUAAUAAAGAGCAAGUAUUACUGGACUGGGUAAGCCAUACUUUGGUUUCAUACUACAGCAAGAAACUUGAACUGGAGGAUGAAGUUGUUGAGAAACUCUGGACAUAUCUAGACAAUGUUAUCCAUAGUAAAAGACUUCAGGAUCUUUUAAAGAACGGAAAGACCAUCAAUCUCAGUUUUUCUAUCGCACAGGUCAUAAACGAAAGGUUGUCGGAGUUCUGUUCUCAAAAAGCACAGCAAAACAUUGGCACGGUGCUGAGUUGCUCCAGUGGUAUCCUUUCUACUCCUUCGCUCUCCAUUAUUUACACAGCUAAAUGUGAGCUUUUGGUUGAUCUCCUCAGCAAGCUGUGUGAGCUGGCUUGUCAGCAGCUGGCUUGUGAUGAUGCUGUGGGCGCCCAGCUGUUCAGCAUUCUGCAGCUUACCUUUGCUCAGUACCUCCUGAUCCAGAGGCAGCAGACCAACCCAAAUCGUGUGUUUGGGCAAGUGACAAGCCAUUUGCUCCAGCCCUGUCUGCUGCUGAGGCACUUGCUGAUUGUGAGGAACUGGACGCAGGCAGAUGAUAGCCAUGUGCGUCAGCACUGGAGCAGGGAAAUCCGAAACCAAGUAGAGACUCUGCUGCAGGCUGGACUGUUCCAGCCUGAGCUCUUCUCAUCCUACAGAGAGGAGCUGCUGCCAGAACAGGAGCCCCAGGAGAAGAAAAAAGGAGCUUUGAAAACUCUCUUGCUACCAGUUGACACACUGCAGACCAAGCUGGGCAGUGGCUUUUGUGAACCUGCGCUCCAUGGGGCUGUUGUGGCAGGUUCGGUGUCCCUGCUGUAUAAGCUCUUUCUGGACUCUUACUGUAAGGCAGAAAACCACCUUGUGUGCUUCAGCAGGCUUUUUGACUGUCUCAGGCUCUCUGGCCUGCAGCAGGGUGUGAGGGAGGAUGUGCUCUCCCCUGCAGACUGGAGCACAGAGCUGCUUGCCUUGGAACAGCUUUUGAACUUGGUGCUUAGCAGUGAUAUCUACAAUGUUGCUAGUGACCGCAUCCGGCACAAGGGGAUACAGUUUGGGUUUUACCGCAGGCUGGCACAGAUGCUGAUGAGUCACUCGCAAGCUUCCAUCCCUGCUUGGUUCAGAUGUCUCAAACUCCUCAUGUCAUUAAGCCACAUGAUUGUGGAGCCAGACCUGGGUGACUUAGUGGCCUCUGCUUGGAUUGAUGCAAAGGCCUCUGAGCCGCGUACAAAGAAGCCUCAGGAGGCUCUUAUCGGCACUGUAUUUCAUACUUAUUCCAAGCUGCGUCAGUUCCCACGGCUCUUUGAGGAGGUGCUGUCAGUCAUUUGCCAGCCAGCUGCUAAUGAACUGAGGAUGCCUGUCUUGUCUGCUGGCCUGACAGCCAAGCUUCGUGAGUGCCUCCUUGAGCUGCCGCCCAACCAGAUUCUGGACAUUGUGUGUCUCUUAGUGGAGAAGUGCCAGACUGUUAUCAUUCCUGCAGUUGAAGGCGAUUCUGACAUGGCCUUGAAGCUGAUGUCGAUCAGCUCGGUGCUGCACGCUUUUCUGUUCAACGUGAGGAGCCUAGAUGAUGUCACUCCUUCCCCUGUGGUCCUUCGCACUCAGAGUCUGUUGGCAAAGAUACAGAAGGGAAUAAUCCAGCCACUGCUGGAACUGCUGCAGGCUAGGGGAGAGGAAGAGAAGCCAGAGCUUUGGUUAAGGAAGACCAGUGACUCUGCUCUGCUCCUUGUUUACACUUGGGUUGAAGUAAACACUUUGUUUGGUAUUAGCUGCAGUAAAUAUGUGUCUCCAUCAGCUGAAACUGCUGUUACUGCAUCUACUGGAAGACACUGGGGCGUUUCAGCUCUCCUCCCUGGUGUGGAGGAACAGUGUUGGGAGAAAGUCAUGGCGCUCGCAAGUAGUUUUGCCUCCGCUAGUAAAUAUUGCUUAGAACUGCUCACACUCCAGAAAAUGAAGAUGAUCUUAAUGCAGGCCAAGGCUGAUCCCCAGGCCUUGCAGCAUGCUGCAGCUUUCAUCCUGGAGACUGGGAGAUCCAGCAUGAACAGGGGAGAAAUUGAACCGUGGGAUGGAGAUAUAAGUGCAAUAAAUGAUCUCACCUACCCCACAGCACACUGGCACCUUGUCCUCUCCAACCUGACUAUUUUAUUGCCAUAUCUUUCCUUGAAAGAUGUAGAGUACGUUGCCAACGUGCUUCUGGAGACGUUAGUAUUGGCCAAAUCUCAAGAAGUUAAUGGAGACCAGGAGCCUUUCGUUAGCAUUGGAAAGGUAUCUCUUGGUUUAAUGCAUAGUCCCUUUCUCCCAGAAAUGAGGGUCUUGCAUUGUGCUUUUCUGAGCAGCCUUAUUCAUCAGUUCAGUAAGGUGCUACACUCCGCUGCUACCGGUUCUGUAGAUCUGCCACUUCAACAGCUGUCUGCAGAUAACAUCCCUUGGCAUGAAGAGAUCCUGGCUCCUUGCGAAACUGUUGAACUGCUGGUGGGGGCACCAUCAGAAAACAAACUGCAGAAGGAUGAACUCAGUUUGUCUUGGAAAACGCUGGAAGAAGUUGCCCAGUGUAUAUUACUGCUAGCAAAAAACAAUUCUCCUGUCAUCCUGAAAGAAGGUCAGCUAGAAAGCUGUUUGGGUUUGCUAGAAAUUACUUCUCUUCUGAAACUAGACAGUCUUUUUCCCUCAGACUGUGUCCGGUGUUUUCUCUUGCUGCUGUCCUUGGUAGCCAAUACUAGGGCUAACGUCUCUUGCGGCAAGCUGUUAUCGUUGAAGUUUUUAAGGACCUGCUUCUACCUUCUGAGGUGCCUGCAAGCUGGUCGGAAUGCCAACUCCGUCUUUAAGGUUUUUCAUGCCAGCGAUGCUCUCGAGGCUGUAAUGACCUCCCUGCUUACAGCUAGCAAGUUCUUCACUGAUGUUUUGACUGAUCCUGCCUGGGCAGAGUGUCUCCAGGAAGCUCAGACCUUUUUGGAGCACUUUCUUCAGAUGAUUGUUGAGCGACGACAAAGCGUGAGACUCAACUUGGAAAAGUUCCUGUCUUUUUUGGUGAGCUGCAAGCCAGAUGUUGGUGCAGCCAGAAAUAAAUGCUGUAAAAACUGGAAUCCUGCAGCUGGGCAGCUGCUGCUCAUGGCAUUCACCACACUGUGUCACGUCCUCACGCUCUACCUUCAGCAUCAGCCAGAGAAGAAACUGCAGUCUGCAGAUGUGCUGUCUGCUUUGUUGGAGCCAGCAAUUCUGCAGAUGGGAAGAGCUGUUGAACGUAAUCUUCAGAGCAACAUGCAAAACCAGCCUUUGCCUAUAGCAUUCAUACCAUCUGUCACUACUCUUCUCAAGGCAGAUCUGAGCUGUGCCCUCAAUAAAGAGGGAUGGCAGAAGAACCCUAAAGAGCCCCAUGGAUUUUUGGAGCGUCCUCGUAUUACACUGUACCAAAAGUUUUACUCUCAGAUCCUGAGAGAGCUGCCCUGUGCAGGAGGUCAUCUCCAGUUCCUUCGGUCUGCCUUGCAGUUCUUAAGUGUCUUCUGCUCAGUACCGGAUCUGUCUCCUGGAAAAGAAACUGCAGUAACUGUGGUUUAUGCUGUUAAAAAGCUUCUUGCUGGUUCUGAGAUCACAGUGCAGGUGAUUCAAAAUUUAGAGAUGGAACUGACAGAGGUACUUGUCCAGCUGUUAGGAAACUGCUCUGCUGAAGAGUUUUAUGCCAUAAUGAAGCUCGCGCUACAGGGACUUGAAGUGAGGAAUAUUUGGCAGCAGAACGCUCAAGAAGUAUUGUCAGCUGUUACUCUAAUCAAAUUGUUGCUCAGCUGCCCAUUAAGUGGAGACAAGGAAAAAGCUUUCUGGUUUGCCAGCCCACAGAUAAUCACAGCUUUAGCUAUGCAAACCAAAGAAGCCUGUCAGGACCAAGCGUUGAUUUCCACCAUAGUUGUACCUAUCCUGGAGACCACAGCAGUUCUGCUGAGGCAAGGAGAAGGGGUUCUCUUGAACCCUCACCAUGUGGCCUUGGCAUUCAACAUUCUCCUAACAGUCCCCCUAGAUCACCUGAAGACAGAGGACUAUGGCAGUGUCUUCCUGGGAGUCCAUGAAGUGCUCUUCUCUAUUCUGCAGUGUCACCCAAAGGUUAUGUUAAAAGCAGCACCAUCUUUCCUGAACAGUUUCCAUCGUCUGGUCAUUUCUGUUAUGCAUGAAGGGCGUCAGAAAGGAGACAGAGGCAACAUAGAUGAAUUUGAAGUUACACUGAAAUGCGCGCACUUGGUGGAACGGAUGUAUACUCAUAUUGCUGCAGAGACAGAGGAAUUCACUGUGUUUUCUGCCUUCAUUGUGGCUCAGUAUGUGACAGAAUUGCAGAAGGUGACUUUGCACCCCGCAGUGAAGAAACAUCUUACAGAAGGGAUAUAUCACAUCCUUGACCUUUGCAUUGAACGAGACAUCAAGUUCUUAAAUGCGUCACUACCAGCAGGUGUAAGGGAAGUCUUUAAAGAUCUGUACAAUGAUUACAACCACUAUCACAAAGCAAAAAAACAGGGGGAGGAAAAAUAUACCGCAUGAUGAAUCCUGCCCAGUGCUGCAUGAUCAGUUAUGGUCUGAUCUUGUGUAGUGCUCAGAAAAUCCUCAGUUGCUGUUUGAUUCAGGAUGACUAGUAGGAUCUGAAGGGUUUCGUUUAAACAUGGAUUGCGUGUAUCUCUCUACAGUCAGCCUUUAUAAUGGGGAAGAAGGGAACCGGGAGGAGGAUGUGCUGUUAGGUCUUUUUCUGCUGUCUGUCACAAGUGGCUGAAUUGCUGCACCUAUGCAGGCCUCGCUGCAGUCUGGCAGAGGAUGUCCUACUGCAGACUUUGCAACAUCAUGGGACUCUGGUGGAAGCAACAGUCUGUGGUGUAAAAGCCUAGAAGGGUUAACUCCUACUCUUGCUUACAUGGUAAGCAGAAUUAAACACAGUUAGAGCGUGUAUUUUUGUGCCAUGUUAUUUUACAUUUGUGCUGAGGAAAUGUGUGGAUGUUGUACAUCUGCACAGUUGGCUACUGUUACAAUACUGUGGAAAUACAGUAAAAAAACUUGAAAGUUUGUAUCUCUUUGCUUGGUCAGUUUUGCUGUUAAGCCUAGCCCUGAGCAACCUGGUCUGACCCCUAGAGGUCUCUCCCCAACUGAAUUAUCCUAUGAUCCGAUGCUAAUCAAAAAUAUCAACUACUUACAGCUCUGGUCAAUUUGCUGUCGGUAAGCAGUUACACUUAGUCAUCUGAGUUGCGGUAGCUCUAGGUGUAUUUUUAGCUUGUGGUAAAUUCUAAGACCUAGCUGAGACCUCUUUGGGUUGGGCCAAGUUAAGCCUUGUUGCCUCAAAUUCACUUCAGAUUAAGAGCAACCUCUGAAUUUAUUGCAGCUCACCUGACAAUGAUUUGAUAAGCUGUGGUAAACUAAUAACAUUUGAGCCUGUAGGAAGCUUUAUCAAAUAGCUCCCUUUGAUUAGCCAAACUGUAGAAAUUUAUUUGGUUGAAAAUUAUGGUAGAAACUGAAGCUUCCAACUGGUAAAUAACCAUUUAAAAAAACUCCUUCACAUGUGCCCACAGUUAGUAAUAGGAACUCGUUACUCUGUCACAAAGAUACCUCUAGCGUUGUUGGGUUUUCAAAAUGAUUAUCUGCUUUAAUGUAUAGGGAAGGGAUGGGCAGAGGAAAGACUACACUGUGGCUUACCGCUGUGUUUGAAGUGAAAUAUAGAAAUGGCAUAGGACAACCAGAGUCGAAAAGUUGAUGUGGGUCAGAGCCUGGGAAGGGGAAUUACUCUUGUGUUAGGUGCACGAGGCUGCGGGUGAAUGAGGUGUCUGGUACCAUUCAGAAGGGACAUAUGAAUGAGUGAGGUGCAGUCAGAAGGGUGCCAGGGAGAGGAGGGCUCAAGGGUGAAGACAGUUAAUGCACUAGGUAAAAGAAGCAAUGUUACAAGCACUGGGAGAGGAUCUGGAAAGAAGAGCGUGAAAAAGGAGAACAAGAUUUGAACCAGAGGAGCAAGGAAAUGAGGUAGCUUUCUGGCUUAUAAGAGUCAAAGGCUCCUCUGAUAAAGCCAUGUGGCUGCAAGCCACACACAGCUCAAAAGCUCCUGAGGGUAGACUGUAGAAUAAAUAGCACCCUACUCAUCCCUUUACAGGAGAUGAACUGCUUUCGGUGUUGGUAUCUAUUUUGUUUAAUCAAUUUUAACUUCUUGGCUUGGAAAGUAAACAUGUAACUGACUGUUACAUGGACAGAACUGAUAGAAAUAACAGACUCCUGUUAUGAAAAGGAUAUGGUGCUUGAAUGAAUGAAAAAUUGAAACCGUGCCAAAAUUAGCGGUUUAUUUUCAAAUAUGCUAUCCAACUGCUACUCAACCCACAGUUGUUCUCCUUCUGCGGACUAAUCAUCAAAAAUUCAAAACACAAAGCUGCGUUUUUGUGUAGAAGUUAGGAGGAGGUUUAAAAAAAGACUGUAUUUCACUUGCUAAUCCUGGGUUUUUGUCCAAGAGCUGCUCUGGGUUUUUUAGCUGGAAUAAAUUGAGUCACUGGCAUAGGACCACCUACUGAGAAAGCAGACUUUGUUUUAUUGAGUACAUUCCCGCUUGGGUGCAAUAUUCCUCUUCUGUCACAUGAUGGAGCCAUCCUGCAAAGGUAUAAAAGCACCUUGUAAAAUCAUAGCUUCAGAGUUGUCUUUUCCUAGGCUGGGUUAGCUAAGGAGCUCUGAGCAGUAGGAGGGUAACGGAUUUGGAAGAACUGCCGUCUCCUGUCUAAAGGACAGGACUGAGACCUUAUUUGAGCUUAGCAUUGGCUGCACAUGAGUGGACCUAAACCACAGUCCUUAUAGACCUUUGCAGCAGAGAAUCUUGGCCUGUUUUCCAAGUGUUGCUGUAGCCUGUCUCUUCUGAGGGUUUGUUUCACUGCUCUUGGGUUGACAGAAUAUCCCUCACAGGCAGUGCUCUCAGGUGGUGAGAUGUGGAUCCUUUUGGCUCUGCCACAGGCUCUGCCUGUGUCCCUGGGUGUGUUGUGUGUUAUUCAUGCCAGAGCAGCGCCUGAGGUUCCAGCAGAGGCUGGCUCUACUGCUCUACUAAACCAAAUGAAAAAUAAAAGUUCAAAUGAAGAGAAUGGAGGAGAAGAACAGAGUCAAGACUGGCAAAGAUCAUGUCGGUUUUUAUUUAUUCCUUUUUUUGUUUGUUUGUUUUUUAAGCUGUGUUCUGCUGCUGUGGAAAUCAGCAGACUUUUCUAUUUCCCUGGGGACAGGGCUUGUUGGUUAGUUCAUAUUGCUGUAGUGGAUAAAAAUGCUCAAAAUAAUGAUGAUGUAAGGUGGUAGAAUUUAUUUUGCUGGUUUAGGAGGAAGCUUUUCUCCUAGUCUUAACUUCUAGGAGGAGACAACAUACUGAGUACUUUCCUUUGAGUUUGAAAUGGUUAAGGAACUUCAUAUGUAUUUACUUCUUGAUGUGGGUCUGUGGCUGCUGGAAAAUAAAAGGCUCCUUCCAGAGCUUCCUUUAUGGGUUAAAACAUUCUAGUAUGAAGAAAGGAGCACUUUGAUAGAUUCCCACAUCAUUACUACUGUACCAUUAAGUGAAUGCAGUGAUAACAGCUAUACUGGGACUGUUUAAUCUUUGUGUAUUACUGACUUGUAAGGACAUGUGCCCUGAGGUGCAAUAGUUGCUUUUGCACUUGAAGUAGAUUCUAGCCAUUCAGAUGGAGAAUUGCAUUUGUGUCCUAAAUAGUAUGUGCAAGAGUGGAGAAAUGAUUUUGGGGGGCUUUUUUGGUGAAAUGUCUAGUCUUUUUUUCAAAAAGAAAUGAAGAAAAGUGCCUUUGUGACGUUUCUGCCAAUGUUGGCAUUUGCCACUGUGUGUUCAGUGACAUCUUAUGCAAAUAAUCAAAAUUUCCAAAAAGAAAGACACUUCUGUUAACUGCAUUCACACUGGAAGACUUGUCGGAGACAAGUGAGUGGAAGUGAAACCUGAUUUGCUAUAAGGUAGUAACAGUUUGUAUUCAUGCAGUAUUAAAGUCUGAAAAAAGUUUUCACGGUAACUUUAAAGCCUGGAAAAUUCAUGAGAGAAAAUGCAUCUCUGUGAACUUCUCAGAAAGCUCACAGACCAGGCGAGCCCUCCAUCAAACCCUUCACAGAGAUCUGUACUUUAAUCUAUUCUUCCCAAAAUAUCAAGUGCUUAAGCUGUAUUGCAAUUCCCCCCUUCCUGAAGAAGGGUGCUAACUUUUUUGUGCACGUUUCUAACGAUAGUACGUAAGGAAAGAAAAUGGCAGAAAUCCAUUUUGUCCUUCGGGUGCCCCUUUCAGCGUGAAGGUAGAGUGGCAAGAAGUAUGGGCCUGCAAUAACUCUUCAGCAGUGGCUGCUUGGUCCUUAGGUAUAGAGCUGUUUGUGUGUCAGUAUAAGCCUCUUCCAACACAGUUCUGGGGGAUCUCCUUUUAAUAUUGAUAGAGACUAGCUUAUGCUACACCAAAGCAAUUGGCAUUGGUUUGAUUACUUCUUGCAAAAGUUAUGUUCAAAAUUGCUUCUUUGGGGGUGGAGUAGCUUCACAGAUCUUCUGUUCCUAACUAAACAGUUUCCCAGGCAGGCUGCCACAUAUUCUAGGCCCUCUUUUUUCUGCAGGGUAGUCUUUGUAAUAGCUUUUCAAUUCUUCCCCGCAACCAAAAGGCAAGGAGUCUUUCUGCUGAUAGCUGGUGGAGAGGGAAGGAUUGGGAAAGCAAAAAAAAGAAUAAAGGAGAGAGAAAUCAGAGGCAUUGUCCCCUGUUAACCCAUUCAUCAACUCAAAUUUCUUUCUCUUAGAUUCAGGCACCCCUUCUUUUAUUCCUACAGCCUUCACUUGAGGGAUUGGUUCCUCAGACUUCAAGAGGGCUUUGCAGGGCGUCUCGGGAGUAGGACAGCAAUGUUCAGUUUUAUCCAUAAGGGUGAGGACCAGGUGUGGUCUGCUUCUGCUG